AUGCCUGAACGUGUCAUUCGUAAGCGUAAUGUCACUUCGCGAGAUCGCACUGGUUGUGUGACCUGUCGCGCCCGUAGAUUGAAGUGUGAUGAAGGGAAACCAAGCUGCAACAACUGUAUCAGACUCAAUCUUGAGUGUGGUGGAUACGUUACACCUAUCAAGUUCAAGGACCAAACUGAGCUUUGGAAACGAAAGCAUGGCAACAAACGCGGGGCAAAAAAGACGUCGAAAAACAGUGACCAGACGCCAUCAACUCCUCUUCCAACAAGAAGCGAUGAGCCAGCAACGCAGUCAUCUCCAUCAAACCUCGUUGCAACUGCUGAAGAUGACACUUUCUUCUCGACAAAUGAUAGCCAAGACGUCUCCACAGACGCUCAAGAGUUGACACUUUAUGAGGCGGCAACGUCAUUGACACUGAUUUCGGAGGGAAUACCUCGGGAAGCCUCUAGUGGGAAUUGUGAGGCCACAAGUAAUACUCCUCCAUCAUAUGGAGACCCCUUAGAUCCAUCUCUGGUAACGGCUUCCAACGAGGGCUGUCAAAGUUGGAACUUUCGCAGUGAGGACCAAACACUAGCCCAUCCGAGUCUGCAAACACCAAGCUGUACACCAAUAUACCAGCCCCAGAACUCCCCGCAAGUCUGGGACUUCGAACUUGAAGAGGUAAAUAGACAGUUGACUCCCAUAACGACCAUCCCUGCCGGCCUUCUUGAAAGUGCCAAAUUUACCGAAGACAUGGUUUACUACCACCAUCUUCGAGACAACUCACCUUAUGGCAUCCUGUCCAUCCUAUCACUCAACGACAUCUUUCAGGCGGAACGCCUGGAUAAAGCCUUCUUCCAUGCCGCUCUGGCACUAUCAGCACUUGACGUAUCACAGUCAAACUCAUCUAGCACUCUUGCCAACAAGGCUGCGCUCCAGGCGCUAGAUCAUUUUGUUGCCGCCCUCGGCACAGUACGCAUGGCACAAAUCGACGAUAAUGGUGUUGCCACAGGCUUCACACCAAAUCAAGACAACGCCAUAUCAUGGCUUGCGACUGUCCUUUUGCUUGCAAAUUUUGAGCUCCAACGUGGGCAAAUGAAGCUCUGGUACAUCCACAGCCGGGCCGCAGUCACAUUCCUCUCACAACACCUCACUCAGGUACAAGAGUCGCCAGUCGGCGAGUCUCUCAUCCGCUCUUUCUCCCGAAUUGCCGCCCUUUUAGAUAUCUUCGACCGGGCCUACUCUGUCAGGUAUAGCAUUGUAUCAGCUGAGGUUUCUGCUUCAUUAACGACAUCAUUGAUCAACUCACCGCAGUCUGCCGAUCGACUGCUGUACAUUCUGCCUCGCGUUAUCAAGCUUGAGGAGGAGUGGCGAAGUAAUCCACAACAUGAUUUGCUUUGGCGUGGACAGGCAGAAGAUCUCAUAAAAGAGUUGAAAGCAUGGAGACAGAAUUUGGACGAAGGUGACGUCCCGCCUUUAUACGAACAGAUGGCGGACCCUUACGAUACGACCGACGGAGGCUCAGGCAUUGUUAUUCGACCACUCAGUCUACCGCGCGCACAAGAGCCUGUCAAGGCAGCCACUACUUUUAUGCAUUACCUGAUAUCUCUCUUAAGACUUGAAACACGGUAUCUUCCAGGUGCAGGGCGGGAGCUGCCUCCCAAUGCAAAGAAAAUCGUCUGCCUUGUCUGCAGGCUAGCAGCUGGCGUCCCGUACUCGUCCUGCGCGGCGGUAAAUGCUUAUGGCCACGGUAUGCUUCCUGCAAUGAUGAACGCAUAUUACAUGUCGGAAGAUCAGGGCGUCAAGGACUGGGUCAAGAAAUGGAUUGCCGGGUUUCCGAGGGAUAGGGAGGGUAUUUGGCAUGUUCGCCAUGCUCACAGAGUGCUGAACUACGUGGAUCAAGAAUACACCCGCCGUGGUUCUCGACACAACUGGGAGAUCAUCAAGGUGCGCAUGGUAGAUCUCGAAGAUGAUGCUACCCCGCGGGAAGACGAUGAGGAGAGGGAUCCCGACAGAUUCUCGGUUGAGCUUUAUUCACGAUGUAAGCGGGGAUGGAGCAUUGAUUUUAUCGAAAUACCAUAA